AGCUGGAGUCAUCCUUUAAUAACCUCCACUUCUGUUUUUUAAUUCGAGUGGUGACGAUAAGGAUAAGGAGGUAAAAUGACGAAAAUUAUUGAAUUACGUCCUGAUAAAAACCUAAUAAACUCCAAGUUCGAGAAGUAUCAAUUUUCUACCGAUGAAGUUCCAGUUGCUUCCGAAAUAAAUUUAACCGCAGAUGUACAUAGAUUAGAGUUAACUUCGAAUCGAGACUCUCUGUUGGAAACUCGAUUGUUUGCAUUUCAUAAUCAUUUGUUUAAGAAUCCAUAUGACACAUCAUGUUGGUUUAUAGACAAAAACUGGAUGGUGUGGAGAUUUAAUAAAGAUGGUGCAUUAGAAGAGAUACACCACAUACAUGAUAUUAAUGCAAAUGUUCAAAAUGUAUUAUACAAUCCAUCAAUUGCUUUCACUAAUAAUAACGUUGUUGUAAUUUCGGAUGGUGGCAAUUGUUUAAAAGUAUUAUUAGCAUUAACACAGGAACAUGCUAAAGUAUUUUCAUUAAGUAAUGCAGAACCUGGAAUUAUUUUGGAUGUGAGAUAUGUGAAUGCAACAUCCACCAUUACAGUUGCAUUGUGUAGUAUUAAAAGUACAGGUGAAAAGAAGUUUACUAGUCUCUUGUUGUUAACGUAUACAUGGAAAAAUGUUGGAGAAUCAUGCGAAUCUUUCGAGUUUACUUACAAAGAAACUUUAAAAGUAAAUGGCGCUGUUGAAUAUGCAUACAUAGAAGAUGAUGGCAAGUAUGUUCACUCCAUUUGUCAGGAUUACAUUACCUUUGAGCAUCCAAAAGUGCAAGAAGUUGAGGACAAUAAAAAAGAUUCAGAGAAAUCAUCAGAAAUAAAAAUUCCAAGGUAUUGUUGGUCUCAAGAUGAAGAUUUAUUAACAGUUUGGAUUAAAGUGGAUCGGGAACAACAGAAAAAUGUCAAAGUAAAUGUAACUCCAUUAGAGCUAUCAGUAACACUAAAUGGUAUUGUACUGAUACAAGGCCAAUGUCAACAUAGAUUAGAUGAAAGCUUAACAACAUGGAGGUAUGAAGAGGACACAUUUAAAAUUGAAUUAUUUAAGUAUGAGAGUGGUUUAAUGUGGAAUGAGUUAAUUAAGGGUGACUCUGGAGGUGAACAUUUACCAAAUGAAGAAUUGGCUACUGAAAUCCAUUCCAGAUUAGCACACUUAUGCACGGACCAAACAGAUAGUAAACUAGAAGGUCAGCCUUGUAUAGGGUUUAAUUCUGAACAACUUGAAGAAUGUGAUCUUGAGGGUAAAGAUAAUCUGUUACAAAGAAUCAAUCUUGUUACACAAGAAAAUACACACUUAGCUAUGCUAGGAACAAAUAAUCAUGUCUUAUUUACAUAUAAAACUAAGUCUGGUCAAGCUAUAUGUCUCAGACAUGAUAAUGAUGGUUGCUUGUGGAUUACUGGUAAAGCAGAUGACACUAAAUGGAAUAUAGAAAAUCGUUAUAUUUUCCCCGGUUUUGGAUACGUCGAAGCCAGUAAAAGCAAUAAAAAGUUCUGUGUUUCUCCAUAUGAUGGUUCGUAUGUAGCAAUAUUGGAACACGCAAGAUACAUAUUUCUAUACAAAAGGCCUGAACUGAAUUCUCAGAUUGAAAAGCAAUGGAUUGUGGAUUUGGGACCUGAAACGUUCCCUAUCAUGGGAGCUGUAGCUACAAACAAAUAUUUAACUGUACUUACUAAAAAUAAAUUAUAUCGUUUGCAUACCUGUUUCUAAAACUGAUUGUAUUGAUUUCUAGCCC